AAGGGGCGGUGCUCCAGUGUACGGCAAGGAGGGGAAACGGUUAGCGAUUGGAGUCAGCGGGCUGAAGUUGCAAGCUAGGUUCAGCCUAUGGCCCAAAGGUGUUCCUACGUCGCAAACAUGUUAUCAAAGAUUCUCCGAAAGCAGCAACUGAGCUUCUUAUAAUGCCAUAUGCUUGCUCAGUUAAAUAGACCAGCGUGGGUGACCUUCACAAGAUCCCAGGUACAACAUUGACAUCACUACGUUUCAACACAUUUGCAGCAAGAAAAUUGAUGUGCACGAUGAGGGACCUCUACGAUGGGCCCAGUUGAUCCAAUAGAAACGACGUCCAGUGAUGCAGCAUCACCUGCAUUUAAUUCGUCAACAACAAUAAUGGGAUCCAAUAACUCUGCAACAACAGCAGCCAGUGGUAACACCACACCCCACACUGUCAUUGGAAGCACUGUAGGCACUACCACUACUCCAAGCCUGAUAAGUGGAACUGGCUUUAACUAUUCAUCUGCAAAUGCAACUGUCAACACCCUGACUGAUACUCCACAUACAAGUGACAUGACCAAUAAGAAUGGAAUGACUAAUAAUGAUACAAGCAGUGAUCUUCAAACAGGGAAUGAAACAGAAAUCCAAGGUAGCAUACCAAGUUCUACAAGUAGCAGUAGUCCUAGUACAAAAUCAGUGAAUGUCAGUGUUGGCUCUGCCAUGACUGAGAGAAAUGGACAUGCUACUAAAAUUGGCCCUGUCAAAAUUACAACAGUCCCACAGCAAAUGGAGACAUCUGGGAAAAUAUAUUCAACUGCUAAUGACACCAGACAUGAAACCACAGUUGAACCAACUGGUAUGCCUCCUACAACAUCUGGACAGAAGGAAUCAAAAGGUUCAACCAAUGUCAUGCCAACUGUACAGCCUCCAGUGUCUGAAACCCUGCCAAUGCAGCCAACUUCGCAAGAUUCUAAGACCACACCAACUGUGACAUCCAAGGGCUCUGAAGUGACAUCCAGCAUUACAGUAGCCCUGUCCACCAUCCAUACGAGAGCCUCCACCAUGGUGAAAGCAGCUGCCACAAGUAGCACAACAAUCAGCAAAACAACAACAUUUAUUUCUGUACAGCAUAGCGAGGGGAAUUUGGCCAAUACCAAAAAGAUGGUGAAUGGGAAGCCAGUUUCUAGUCCAAAUGGAACCAAAGUGGACCCUCUUGUUAUAGGAAUGAUCACAGUUUUCUUUAUAAUUAUUGGAAUUGUUUCAAUUCUUGGAUUCCUGAAGUACCGUCAGCGAAACAGCCAACCAGAGUUCAGACGCCUUCAUGAGCUUCCAAUGGAUGACAUGAUGGAAGAGGAUACUCCUUUGUCUCUCUACAGCUACUAGAAAUCUUCUGCCAAAAAAACUCAUCAACUUGCACAACAUUGCAACUGCUGUGUUUUGAAGUAUUGUUAGUUGGCAUGUUAAGGACUUUUUUUUACUUUUUCUUUCGUGUGAGCCAAACUUGCAUUUAAAUGUCUUUUUAAACUCCAUUUGGGGAGCGCUAGGGUUGAACAUCAGUGAAAAUUAAUAUUUGUUCCCUGCCUAAAAUACUUUCCUCUGUAUCCAUGGAGCUUUUAACAUGCACCUGUUUAUUCAAAUGAACUUGUAAAUUUGCAACAUCUUUUUUAACAAUUGGAGGGAAGCAAUUAAUGAUCUUUCUUGAAUGUCUAACCUUAUUGUGGAGAUUCCAGAUAUCCAACCAGGUGCCAAAGGUGUUCCCACUAACUGGAAGUCCUGUUAAUAUUUGGAGGUCCUGAACAUUUACUACAAAUGUCUUAGGUCUGAAAAAGUCAAGUUUCAUGUAUCAAAUUAUGGAAUUGAUACCUUUAGGUAACGUGUUGGGGUUGAUUUGAACUUUUUUAUUCUACCAAAAUCUUUCCACCAGUUGCACUCCUUGAUCAUUAAAAGUAUUGGUGUUAUGUGCAAGCUUCUUGGAGGGAAAAACUGGUUCAGCUUAAUGAAUUAAAUUUUAAAUCUGAAUGAUGGAAAGAUCUUGAUCUGAUUUUAAACACUUUGGAGGAAGUUUUAUAAGCUCAAUUUCUCCCCUGAAACCCCAAUAUUGUACCAUAUAGGGGGUUAAUUUACACCAGAAUUCAUCAAAUCACACCACUAAUAAAGGGAACUGAAAUGUAGAAACAAAAGGUCUGGUAUGAAUCAAAGUCUGAAUUGUACUUGGAAGCCAAUAUUUUCCUGGAUGCUGGAGUUUCCCUCUAAAUCUCGAUCAGUUCUUGCCCUUUGUGAUUAUGCUUAAAUCCUUGUCCCUGUCCAGCAAAGUGAACAAUUUACUUCCACAAAAUACUUGAGUUGGACAUAUGUAACUGUUAAAGGUGCAUUGAAGGACUUGGUGUUGACUUCAAAUUACACAUAUAUGUUAAUUGGUUCAGAGAAUUACUCUAGAGAUGUACUACCAAGUGGCUUCUUUAGUUGAACAAUGAGCUUUAUUUACAGAGCUGUUGGAUUAGCUGCAAGCCUCUAGCAAGGCUACAAUACACCCUCCAGACUAGGAAAGCUCUGUCCAUUAUAAACCUCUGUGCUCAGUGUUGAUUGGCUGUUCUGACCAUGUGACCCUUAGUAAAGUUGACUUAAAGCAACAAUCCACAAUGAUAAUGCAAAUGUAUUGCAGCAAAUCUUUAUAGUACGGUUUCUGGGACAAUCCUAGAGAAACUUCAAUUGUUUUAGAAGCUAGUUUUAAAAAUGUGUUAAUGCUAUUUAACUCGGGUGCCUGCUGUCAUAAUUGAUUGUCCAAGCAAAAAAAAGUGGAGGAAGUUUUGGCUGGUCCCUGGAUACCACUGAAAGAUAGUUCCCUUUUUAAUUUAAAACUGGUCAAUGCACACUGAAUAUUAAGUUUGGAGUUUCAGUUCUUGUCUUUUCUUCCUUAUUUAUAAAUUCCAGUGAUUCUGCACGAGCUAGCCCUCUGCAAAACCUCGUUAUGGGUACUUUUGGUUCCAGCCUCUUAAACAUCUAUUUCUGUGUAAAAUGUUGCAUAAUUAAGGUCAUUUAAGGCUCUUGCAACUGAAAUUCAAUUUCAGCUUAGCCCAAAAAACAAUAUUAAAGCUGUCUUAAGUGUUACAUGCCCAGGAUUCAAUUUAAGGUUGCAAGAUUAUAGGCUAGUUUAUUGUAGAUUUGCCAUUUUCUGGUAAUUAUGUCACUUCCUUUAUUUUUGUCCAAUGUUGACACAAUGAGUACAUGUGAGGUUUCACACUCUUGGUACAUAUAAAUUGCUAAGGAGUUGUCACAGAGGAUGAUGACAUGUUGUGUUUUAGGACUUUUAGUCUCUGCAUUUCAUAUUUUUUGAUUUACUGCCACAAUUUCCAUAUUUUAUCCUGAAUAAUAUACACCAGGAACAUCAUUCAACAUCUUUCUGCCCUCAUCUUCAUUUGCAAUUAACCAUGCUUUUUCAUAAUUGCCAUUUCCACAGGAAUGUAAGCUGCAAUUAUUGUACAGACUUUCUGAGAUACAAAGGAAUAAGCCAAUCAGCCUCUGAGCCUGUUCCACCAUUCAGUGAGAUCAUGGCUGAUCUGUACCCUCAACGUUCCCUGUACCCAACAACUCACUUUUGUUCCAUACCCUUUGCUAUCCUUACCAGCAAUCUCGGUCUCAUUUUUAUUUGACCAAGCAUCCACAACCUUUUGGGGAGAGCAAAUUAAAAGAUUUCUACAACUGUGUAUGUCACGCAUGCGUGUGUGAAAUUACUUCCUGAUCUUGCUCCUCGGUCAUCUAGAUUUAAUUUUAAGAUUGUACCUCCUUGUUCUUUAUUUUCCUCAUCAGCGAAAAUACUUUUUCUGUACGUACUCUAUCAUCUUCCAAUACUUCAGAAGGCUCGCUAUAACUGAAGCAUUAACUUCAUCCCCUUUUGUAUUCCAAUCCACUUGAGAUAAAGGCUAACAUUCCAUUUGCCUUUUUGUACCUCUGUACAUAAACACCCAAAUCACAUUGCUCUUCUGCAGCUCUGUCUAGAACUAGUGAGAGAAGUUGUUCCGACUACUUUUGAACAAUUGCAAUCAUCACAUGAAGGAUUGAGAGUUGGUUCUCUGCUUUUCUGAAAAAAAAGCCCUGCAUAUCAGUGUUGGGGGUUUUGGAUAUGUUUGCACUGCACUGAGAUCCUUAACUACUUGUAGUGAAGGUGAGAAAAAAACUUGACUGCAGUUUAUUGCUGAAUGAUUGAGACUUGUGCAUUUCAAAAAGUCAGCUGUAUAAAAGCUUUUUUGGCAUUGAUUUAUUGUGUAUACUAAGUUCUUUUUGUUUAAAAGUCGUAACUCCUUAGUGCAAUAUUUUUCAUUUCUACUGAGACUAUGGAAUGGGUGGAAUAUUAAAUGGACAAAGUCUUUAUUCGAAACUCCUGAUGAAUACACACUACCUUUUUAUCCAGUCAUUCCUUUAAAUCAAAUGCCAUAAAUCUGGGCCUGAGCAAUACAAAUAGAGAAUUCCUAUUCACUGGCAUGUACUACAUUGUGCAAUUUAUGAUCAGAAAAGAUACCGAAUAAGUGCCCCCUGGUGGUUUCCAGACAUAUAACAGUGGGAACAAAGGAACAGAAAGAAUGUUAUCUAUUUAUACACCAGGUUCUUUUAAUUCUCUCAAUUUAAAUAAAGAUCAGAUUCACAUAUAAAUGUUUAAUCUACUUCAGUUAUAUCUCUUUUUGUCUCUUUAAAUAUCUAAAACAGGAUUUUUUUUUUGAAUAAAGGUGUACCCUGGACUUUAAGAAGAUUGAGUCAGGGACAGAAGAGGUAUUAAUUACUUCUGUUGUUGUUCUAUCCCCUAGUCAUUGACUGACUAGGCUAAGCAAAGGAAUUAGGUCAUUUUUGCUGAUGUUUGGAAAUGGUAUUUACUUCAGCACAUUUGCUAUCUUAAGUGAGCAGUCCAUGAAGUAACAAUUUAAUUAGGCUUCUUAGAUUUUUAAUGGACAUUCUUUUGUUCAUGUGUUUGUGACCCCUCCCCUAAACUCUAGAACUUUCCAACUAGCUGACUGCAAACCCACUGGUCACUAGAAAAUGUGCUAAAGCAGAAGUUCCCAAAUUGGGAGGUGCAUCAAAGUUAGAGACUGGAGGCUGGGUGAGGCAAGAAACUUGAGAGAAAUAACUGUGCAAGUGACCAUAACAAUUUGAAGUUAUACUGCAAACUCUGAUAAAUCAGUGCCAGUCAUGGAAGUGCUGUUAUGAGGCCAAGUCUAGAGUACUACUAUGCCCAAUGUGAAGGGGCUAUUCAAUUUCUAGCACCAACACAUUUGAGGACAAGGUUGAUCCCACCUAUCAGAAGAAAAUGUUUUGUGGAAGGAUGGAUCUCCUAGGGAUCUUCAGCCUCCUGUUCAUGAAAUAGCUAAAUCCUUUAAUAAUAGGGUUGGCAUUCUGGAACAGAGAUCAAAUAGCUUCUUCAGCCAAAAUUCUUAUGAUUUUGUAAUUCUCUGAAAACAUGAACAAGAUGUAUAACAAGCAUUCUUUUUCAUUUUUGGCUUUUAAUGUUUCUAAUCCUUUAGAAAUUAUGGAGUUUCUUAUUGACAUUGCAAAGAAGGUUGUUUUUCUUAAUCCCAGAUUGAAUCUCUGCAUAAUUUUGUUUCUGGACGACUAGUAAGAAAACUCCCUUGUUCUGAUUUCUUAAAAGACAAAUGUGUUGCUUCAUGAGCUCUUGAGUACCUUUUGAUUAAAUUGAUAUAAAGUACAAUGGACUUCCAAUUAUUUUAAUGACUGACACAUGUUUAGCUUAAAUGAUAUAUUGAAUAACUGAUGGGCCAGCUGACCCUUUGAUACUAAUUUAUUGCUAUUAACCUAUGGGUUUUUCAGCAGAUACAGUAUGUGCUGAGUUGAAAUAAUAAUAACACAAUCAGUUCCUAUAACACAUCAGUAUAAAAUUGGAAAUCCACUGUACAAUUUUAAGAAAAGAUCUGGGCAAUGAUUUUUUUCAUAUUGUGCUGUUUCUCAGGACUCUUGUCAUUAUAUACCGUAGCAGCUUAGUAAACCCAAGUUGUCAAUUUUCCUUUUAAUUUUCCCAUCUGCACAAGUCACUAUUGGUGUAAAAUUUCCAGAGUCAAAGAUAUAUCAAAAACGUAUGAUGUGGGUGUCUGUUGUUAGCAUGUAUAAAUGUGUGGGGAGAUUUUGAAAUGUGCUUCUAGCGUGCCAUGAUGUUUCUUUUAAAGUGGUGAUGGUUUCUUCUUAACAUUAGCUCUUUGUUUUCACCCCCAAAGUUUGAAAAUUCUUUUUAGGUCAUCUUUUCCUUUUUCUUGCAAAACGUUGCAAGAUCUAGUCUUGUCAGCUAGUAAGCACAAUCCUGCUUAUCAGAUGGGCCCUAUGCUUCAUGCUACUAUCUUCAGUGGCAUUCCUGACUUUGGCAAAGCUGUAAGUUUAAAUGAUGCAUAGCUGCUGGUUCAACAAGUGUUUGAAAUCCUUUGAAGCUUAGAGUUCUUGCUGGUACCUCUGGAGACUGAGCUUCCAUUUAGUCCGGAUGUCAGUAGACUGAGUAUUUGGUCAAUGCCUAUAGUGAAGCUGCAGCCUGCUUGUUUGUGGUUCAACUUUUCUUUCUCCCAGCCACCAGGAAAGGUUUGGUCACCAGAAAUAAAGUUGUAAUCAUAACUUUCAAAACUGCUUGCAUGCUUGUGUAGCUAUGGUACUGUGAUAUCGAGUAUGCAACAUGCUUUCUAACAAAAUUGCAAUCUGUGCAGUCUGGUAGUUAUAGGUUUUUAACAAUGGUACGAGUUAACCACACCUGAUGUGGAGGGAGUCUUGCAGCGAAACAUCCUGUGAGCUAGCAUUUAAUAAGCUAUUUUUUUUUUAAACUGAGUUGUUGGGGAGAACCCUAAUAUUUUUUAUAAGGAUGAAAGCCAUUAUUACUACUUUUGUCUUGUGCACAAAUGCUGUGCAAAUUAUAUUUUUUGAAAAAUGAGAAAUUUCAACAUGAUACCCGUUAAUUGAAAUUUACAUUUAAAAGGGUACUAUCCCUGUCAAAUGACCAUUUUGUGUCGUAACAUGCAAAUACCAAAGGUAUUUGUGUGGCCCAGAUAUUAUAAUUUUCAAAUUUUGUUUGGCUGUUAGUAAAACUACAGAAUCAAGAAGGUUUUGGGGAAAAUUCCAAAGAAUUAGAACCUGCAGAAUUGAGACCUCAAUAAUCUCAUUGGAAGACCUUGUUACAUCCCUAUUCUUUCCUACCUAUCCUACAGAUACUAUUACCAGCCUACUGGUAUUGCCAAUUUGUCAUUUUGGUGCAAAAUUUUGCUUGUUUUUCCAAGUCAGACUUUGUUUAGAAAGUUGAUUAUUCACAAUCCUUUUGUGAUUUGCAUUUAAUGGAAUAAAAUACAUUUGUGAACUAUGAGGGGAUUCCUGGUUUGCACUAUUUGAAUUUUUUUCUUCAAGAAAACAAAGCUGUAUGGAAUAACUUGCUGCAAACAUUAGCAUAAUGUUAAUUUCCUAUGGAAUGUAUAUUCUUAGCAGGAAGUAGGAAAUGGAGUGUCAGAAUUGAAUGAUAAUUUUAUACAAUUGCUUUAUGUUUUUGAUUUAUUAAAAAUUGGUUUUCCCUUCAA